AAUGAUCUUGGGGUUCAUUAAACAACAAACCAGUGUGUGACUGUCAUCUGAGUAGCAGUUGAAUCAGCAUUGCUGGAAAAGAAAUACAGUGAAUUUACAAGACAAUGUAUCAGAGUUGGAUGAAUUAUAUUGCAAUCACUUCACAAUGCAGCUAGUAAUCAAAGUAGUCUCCGCCAUCAUCUUUCCAUUGCUUUUCAUCAUGAAAUGGUAUUGGGGUGAUUUUACUGUCACUGUGCAUGUUGCUCCUGAAGUUGUCUUGGUUGGACAAGCUGUGACAUUGUCCUGCCAUCUCAUAGGAAAGGUCCCCACUAACAUUCAAGUGCAUAUGUACAAACUGGAAAGGAACAAAAAUACGACGUUAUAUUUUUACAAUAGCACAGAAAACGGGACUGAGCUGGGCUGGGCUGGGGACCGGCACAGGAUCAAAGGACGAUAUGAGAAUGGAGUCGUGAGGGUGAAGCUCUUUCCAGUGCAAGUAGAAGAUAGUGGGCGGUAUGUGUGUGUGGUGACAAGCGAUGGUGUCUAUAAAGAAGACAUCGUCCAGGUGACUGUUCCAGGUUUUGGAUCUGCACCUCGCCUAACUACAGAACAUCAGCAGAAUAAUUCAAUCACUCUGAGAUGUACGUCCCAAGGGUGGUACCCACAACCUGAAGUACGCUGGACUGACAGCACAGAACAAAACAUAUCUGCUAUGGCUGAAACAAGAAUCCAAAAAGAUGUGACAGAUCUGUAUCAAAUCAAGAGUACACUCAGGGUAGCAGAUACUGCUUCUGACACUAUCUCUUGCAUUAUAAUAAACCCCUUGCUGAAGAGGCACCGCAAAAAAGUUAUUGCAAUUUCUGGUUUCUUUGAUGUGGAGGCAGAACAUGACAUCAUUACCGCUGUAAUUGGAGAAAAUGCCAUUCUUCCCUGCCGGCUGAUUACAAAACAUCUGCCCCCAAGCAUGGAGCUGCAAUGGAGGAAAGUUGGACCUGGGAAGGAUAAGACAAUCUAUCUCUACAUCUAUGAUGAAAGCAGCCCCCUGGUUAAUUCUUAUCCACAAGAUGACAAAUGCUCAAUGGGUUAUUUGUCUCCAAAUGGAGUCAACAGCAGGGAAUGGCUCAGGAAGAAAUAUGAAAAAAAGGCAGAAGUUUUUAAAGGAAAGGAGUUUGGGAAAGGAAAUAUUUCUCUGAAACUGAACAAUAUUCAGGAGGAAGAUGAAGGGAAAUACGUAUGUUCUGCCACAGCCAACUCAUUUCACAGAGAGAUCAUCAUUGAUGUCUUAGUUAUAGCAUACUUUGGCAACGAGUUCACAGGUUGA